AUGGCAUUUGAACCAAUUGACACUACUACACACUCGCGUGCCAUUGAGGCCGAGUACCUGAAGGUUGUGAAGGGUGAUCCAGAUACUACUUGGUUGAUCAUCUCGCCAAAUUCUAAGAAACAAUACGAACCUGAACUAGUCGGUACUUCUUUCAGCGAGUUUUUGCAAAGUUUCGAUGAUACCAAGGUUCAAUACGGUUUAGCUCGUGUUUCUCCACCAGGUUCUGAUGUUCAGAAGUUGAUUUUAAUUGGUUGGUGUCCAGAUUCCGCUCCAUUGAAAACCAGAGCUUCAUUUGCUCAGAAUUUCGGUGUGAUCUCUAAUCAAGUGUUUAAGACCUACCAUGUUCAGGUUACCGCCAGAGAUGAGGAUGACUUAGAUGAAUCUGAAUUGUUAAUGAAAAUCAGCAACUCCGCUGGUGCCCGUUAUUCAAUUCAACAACAAACACCGGCCUCCAAGAAGCCAAUUUCCUCUGCUGCCAAGACAGCCAAGAAACCAGUCAGUGUUUCAUCCAGACAAUCUGAGCAAAAGGAACCUACACCAUCGUUCCCAUCAAGAAGAUCCGUUUCUCCCCCAAAGACUGAGAAGAGCAGAGGUAAGAAGGACGAUGAAUGGGGUGAACCAGAGUUGGAAGAACGUGAUUUCGACAAGAAACCACUAGAACCAAAUUCUUCUUCCUGGAAACCAAUUGGUAAAGUUGAUCUACAAAAAGUGAUUGCUGAAGAAAACAGUAAAGAAGAUCCCCGUCUAGUUGUUUCGGGGCCUAAUUACGACAAAAAGAUUGAUCCUCAAUCUGAGAUUGCUAAAUUAAAGCAAGAAUCCAAGCUAAAGAGGGAUGCAGAAUACAACAAAGUCUUGGGACCAAAGAGUUCUUCCUCAGCUCAAUCAUCAGGAAACGAUAGCGACGAUAAGGUGAUCAAGGGUUUCAAGAAUGAAAAGUCACCAGCUCAACUUUGGGCUGAAAAGAAGGGACAAAAGAAACCAUCUAAUUUAGAGAACAAGACCCAAAGAGAAGAGUUCUCAGAUUCUAACGAAGAAGAAGAAGCUGAAGAAGAGAUUGAAGAGGUCAGAUCAAAAUUUGAAUCAAUUAAAACUAAGGAAAUUCCUAUCAUAAAACCAAGUGACUCUAGCAGAUCUAGACCUCAAGCUUCUAAGAUCAACUCAUCUGACAGCUGGACCAAGAAACAGAACAAGUUUGGCCAACCACUACCAGGUCUGCAUGAUCAAAAGAAGGAACAAAACGAUGACUGGAGUAGUGAUGAGGAGGAACAAGAAGAAGAGGAAGAAACUCCAGCUCCUUCGUUGCCUGUGAGAAGAAAUGUUCCUCCCCCACCCGAAAGCGAUGAGGAGGAAGAGGAGGAGCAAGAGGAAGAGGAAGAGGAAGAGGAAGAGGAAGAGGAAGAAGCUCCUUCUCUACCAACUAGGAGAAAUGUUCCACCCCCACCGGAAAGUGACGAGGACGAAGAAGAUGAUGAUGAAAGAGCAUUUUCUAAGUCUCAAAAUACUCCUCCAUCUCCAGCACCAAGAGCAUCCAAACCUGGAAAGAAAGAAUCCGGACCAUCAGCUAUUGCUGAAUAUGAUUACGAAGCCGGCGAAGAUAAUGAAUUGACUUUUGAAGAAAAUGAAAGAAUCAUUAAUAUUCAAUUUGUCGAUGAUGAUUGGUGGUUGGGUGAACUUGAAUCAUCAGGUGAAAAGGGUCUAUUCCCAAGUAAUUACGUCAACUUAGAGGAAUGA